AUGCGGAGCCUUACUGAUGAGCAGAAGCAGCAGAUCAGCCUCAUGAGCCUGCCGAAGGAGAUGCCGCGCGAUGAGCGGAAACGGCAGUAUGCCGCUGUGGGAAGGGCGCUCCGCUCUGAGGGGAACCCGGCUCUGCUUGCAAAGUGGACCCUCUCCAAUGACUUCGAGAGGUUCAAGAUGAUGCAGAGCUUCGUGGUGAACCAGAGCCUGGCCGACAUCCACGUGGAAGAGAAGUAUGAGAAGUGGGUGGAAGAGCAGAGGUCCGACAAGUACGUGACAGUGACCCUGUUCCAGCUUGAAGCUAUGUACGGCACCAGUGAGGAAGCGGUUCAGCAGUUCGUCUCCGAGUUGGUGAAAGGAGUCCCGGUCAUCAUAUUAUACGUGUUGGGACACACACAAAACCGAAUACAUUCAAUAUCCAAUUGUCAGAAUAUUCUGUACUGUUUCUGGUCCCUCUAUUGUUGCCUGCGUGUUGGUUGGAGCUUAAGGGCAACCAACAUGACUUGCCAUUUGGUGGUCCUGUCAUUUUGA